CCGCGUUCGAGCAGCGGGGGAAGGACGCGCUCCACAAGCCUUUGUCUCGGUAACCGGCGCUCGUCCUUCCUGCCGGCGGCGGGGGGGGCUCUGCGGCCGCCCCAGGCAUGCGGUGCCGGGGCUGCGGGAGGCGGCCGCUUGCGCACGCUUCCGACGGAUGCCUCAGGCUGUAGCGGCGGCGUUUGGGGCGAGGGACUCGGCAGCGGCUGCCGGUGCGAGCGGGUGCGGAAUCCCCGUGUGGAAGAGGAGGAACUGGAAGAAAGGAGCAGCGGUGCUGGCUCUCCUCCGCCGGGGUCAGCCUUCCUGCAUGCAAGCGUUACUGUCGUGGGGACGCAUCGUCAAGCGCGUACAGAGGAAGGGACUCGCUUAUUUCCCCCCUCCCCGGGCUUGGUUUUCGUCGUGAUCAUCGUGCAGAAAUAACCACUUUUCUCGCAGUUUGCUGGUCCGCAGCGAGGCAGGGGGAAUAUGCUCAUGAAGGAGUACCGGAUCUGCAUGCCUUUGACAGUUGAAGAGUACAGAAUUGGCCAGCUGUACAUGAUAAGCAAGCAUAGCCAUGAGCAGAGUGACCGAGGUGAAGGUGUGGAAGUGGUGCAGAAUGAACCCUAUGAGGAUCCAAACCAUGGCAAUGGUCAGCUAACAGAAAAACGCGUCUAUCUCAACAGCAAACUGCCUAGCUGGGCUAGAGCCGUUGUUCCCAAAAUAUUUUAUGUUACAGAGAAAGCUUGGAAUUAUUAUCCUUAUACAAUCACAGAAUACACAUGUUCAUUUUUGCCCAAAUUCUCCAUUCACAUAGAGACAAAAUACGAGGACAACAAAGGAAGCAAUGACAGUAUUUUUGACAAAGAAGCUAAAGACCUGGAGAGAGAAGUCUGCUUUAUUGAUAUCGCCAGUGAUGAAAUUCCUGAGCGCUAUUACAAGGAAUCAGAGGAUCCUAAAUAUUUCAAGUCACAGAAGACUGGGAGAGGCCAAUUAAAAGAAGGCUGGAGAGAGACACAUCAGCCCAUCAUGUGCUCCUACAAGCUUGUGACUGUGAAAUUUGAAGUCUGGGGGCUUCAAACCAGAGUAGAGCAAUUUGUACACAAGGUGGUCAGAGAUAUACUACUGAUUGGUCACCGGCAGGCGUUUGCCUGGGUUGAUGAAUGGUAUGAUAUGACUAUGGAUGAUGUUCGAGAAUACGAGAAAAAUAUGCAUGAAAAAACCAACAUUAAAGUUUGCAACCAACAUUCAUCUACUGUGGAUGAAAUAGAGAGCCAUGCCACAGCAAGAACAUGACAAUGGAUGAAGUCCGAGAGUUUGAACGAGCAACUCAGGAAGCCACCAACAAGAAGAUUGGGAUUUUCCCACCUGCAAUAUCUAUCUCUAACACUUCCAUGCCUUCUUCAACCCGCAGUGCUCCAUCUAGUGCUCCAUCAACUCCUCUCUCCACAGAUGCUCCCGAAUUCCUAACAGUUUCCAGAGAGCGGCCUCGGAAAAAGUCUGCUCCAGAAACUCUCACUCUUCCAGACCCAGCGAAGAAAACCCUUUAAAUUCACCCAGCAUGUUUCCUCCUGAUAAGCCAUGUCUGCCACAGCAAGAGUGAUGUAACUCAGUUUCUACAAAGGUCAUGGUGGUUUGUUGUUUCCUUCUUUUUGCUUAAAAUAAUCUUUCUGGUGUGGAAAGAUUACUUCUUUCCUCAGACUUGAUCUUUAAGACCUUCAGAGAAGUGCAUGCAAGAGAACGUAGUCUAUAUAUUCCUAAAGUAGUGUUUCAAGCCAUCUGGUGCAUCGUCCUGACAUACAGUGACAUAGGCUGAGGGGAAUGCUGUAAACUGAAAGGAAUCUUUCUGUAGCAGUAUUCUACCUGCAAAUCCUCAUCUAGGUCAUAGCAUUUACAAUUAGGAGUAGGUAUUUAGUAAAGCUGCCAAGGACUUCCGUGGCAAAUUAGUGCCAACUCGAAUGCAGGGUUAACAGGAAAAAAACCCUCCCAUUUUCUUCUUUUAUAGCUGAUUUUAAAAUCCUUCCUGCUCUCAGGCUUUGGUGUAUUCAUAAACCUUUGACCUGUAAUUCAUUGUACUUGAACACCAACACCAAUCACUCAAGAUUCACAUUUUGCUUAAUAUGACUCAGGAUUUGGGGCCUAGUUAACAAAGAAAAUUUUUCAAAUCUAAAAUAUCACUGUAUUGAAGCCCCAAUUGUAAUUAAUUAUACUGACUUUGAGGCCAUUGAACUAUUUCUAUCUUGCACAGAAUUUGUAAAAGAAACCACCUAUUUCUUGUAGAUAAUGUAUUUUAAUAGCUCUCCCCUGUCCUUUUGUGAUCUCUUAAACCCCUCCUGGCAUUCAUCAGUUGUGUUCCAUCUGUCAAAUUGCAAAAUAGCAGCUAAAUUGAACCAGUUGAGAAGCAAACCCAAUGAAUUCUGUCUUUUCCUCACUGGAAGAUAAGUGGUAGUUACGAUGUUAAGACCUUGAAUGUAAAGGAAAGAAAACAUGAGACUCCUUUUUCUUUUCUGCCUCCCAUCUGUCCUAAACAGCCAACAGAAAGCUGUUCCCAGGCUUUGUCACCAUCUAGGGGAAGGGGUGAACAUCAGUCUUUGGAAAGCGAAUGAGUUGUGGGGCUACUCAGUUCUGUGUAGAGCGACAUUAAGGAAACAGAAGUGCCCUUCCUGGUCUGUGUAUGAAAUCACUCCUCAGUCUCUGGAAUUAAAAUGUAGAAAAGAUAUUUCCUGGUGGAGAAGACUGUGGAAGGAGGAGAAAAAUAAAUGGUCUCCUCCUAGACUCAGUGAGAGACUUUCCCUUCUGGCCCCCAUUUGGGGUACUUCAGUCCCUUUCAUCCAAAUUGCUGUUUAAUGAAUGCUGUCAGUACCCAUCAUUCCCUCUAGCUGCAGCAGAAGUUAAGUAAGGCUCUGUUCAAUUCCAGUGAAUGACAGCCAUUGCCUGAACCAUAUGAUCAAAGUGGGUGAUACUUUGUGCCACCGAUGACAUGGGACAUGGGUUAGAAAAAAGAGAGUCCUCCAGACCUGAACUAUCACCAAGUGUUGGCUGGGGAUGGCCUUUUAACCAGGCAGGACUUUUGUGCUCUCUUCUCAGCACAAGACAGUGGUUUGAAAUGCUUAAAUGCACUGAAGUUCUCAACUGAUCUACAAAGUUAUGUUGAGUGUGUGAUAUUUAUAGGGUAGUUUUAGUAGCAGGAGAAUUCCACUGACAGCCUGCACUGACAAGUGUAUAUUUGUUUGAUAGUUAAAAUCCUGUAGGUAGCAAAAUCCAGGAGCCCUUCAUAGGUUAGCUGUGGUCUGACUUCCUGCAUUCUCCCACUUACUGUCCAUGUUCUGCUUCAUUUUUUCUUCUCAGAUCUACUAAUUCUGUGUGAUAAGUAAACUAAUGAGUGAUGCUUUUUUUGCUUAAAAAGAAGCUGCUGUAAUAAUGCGAGCAAAACUUUCCAACAUUAGUUUAUGAUUUCAGCUUCAAGAGUGUACAGAUUCUAUAUUCAUGAUUAUAACUGGUCUAAUCUCAUUAUUAUUUAUUUAGUAGCAAGAUUGGAACAUUGGCAGAGAAGGGAAACCUUUGAAAACAUCAAGCAUUGUUUGGUUGCGGUUUCAUUUCCUGAAUUUGACCUAUAUAGAAAUAACUCAGGUCUGCUCCACCGGAAAGUCUGGUUUUCAGUGAUUCUUUUUCUUUGUCAAAGAAAGCCAUAAUGCCCCUGUGCUUACAGAUAAAUGUUUCUAUGUAAGUUUUGGCAUUUGGGUUUUACAGAGAUGAUUAGACAAAAGCAGUUGUACCUUUACUCAUAGUUAACAGACUGAUUUCCGAUCCCUUGUGGAUACAUUGAUUGUCAUAUUAAUUUGGUUUGCAGAUAGGGCAUGAAUGAAAAUUCUGAACAUACCUGUAUAGGACACAUCUUAAGAUCUGUAUGACACAGAUGUAGGAGAAUGACAGGAUGCUCAGUGGUAUGCCUGUGCUGCUGCUGCAGCCCUUCUUCCUGCAGCGCUGCUCUUGAGGAGAGCUUACUGACCCAACAGCCUGACUUCACUGCUGACCACCACGAGGAUCACGAUCCGCCAGUUUGCCUCCAUGGGGCUUCCUAAUGAAGGCAAAUAAAAGGAUCUGUAAUGUUCUGUUGCCCUGGAUAAAAAACACCCCAGGCUUUUCACUGCCUGUGUAAGUACCCUCUGCUGUGUUCUGCUUUGCUUUCCCCACUAGUCGUGACCUGUUUGGUCAAUAGGCUCUUUAAAUAUCUUUUUCUAUUUGGUUGUUCUUUCUUUCUUUCUUUAAGGUAGGACAACUUUUUCUAGAAUAUUCCCAGCAAACACUCAAACCCACACAAAACUAAACAAAAAGAAAGGUCUGAAUACUAAAGUGUAUAUCUUCAGGCAAAGGGAUGGUUUUCGUUACUGAUUUUUUUCACAGUGUUUUCUGUUGUAUUUUCAAGCAUGUUUAUUAGGAGGAAAAUAGCAUUUUGCAGGUGUUCAUCACUUCUUUUGUGAAAGUAAAUCGUGAUUAUUUAGUAAGUCCGUCUUUAGAGUAUGGAGACCUGGGGCAAAGCUGAAUAGGCACAAUAGCCUGUUCCUGUUCUCCACCACAGUGACUGAAGACUUACAUGAUGCAGCUCUGCUAGGGCUUGAGGGGAAUUCUUCACCAAGGAGAAUGCAGUUCGGAGCAAAUAACAUGAUGAGUUUGUUUGAAUUUCUAUUAAAACCUCCUCCCAGCUUUAUUUUUAUGUAUUUCAUAUGGCACAAUCAUUACAAAAUAAGCGACAAUUCAUUCCUGUCUUUAGAGGGGUAGAUCUAAGAGAGGUAUCCAUGAAGGCUAUGAGGAGCAGCACAUUCCUGAAGCACCUACUUAUGAGGAUUUCUUAUGAAUGUAAUGGUUAAUUUUGUAAAUGACUGGAUAAACCCUAGGGAAAGAAACUAUUUGACCUUAUUCUUUAGCUUUUUUAUUAUUCUGGAAGGUAAUUUUGUGACCAUCUAGUAGCCAGUUUGCAUUAGUUGCUGCUGUAGAGCUUUUGAAAUGGAAACAUUUGUUCCUUGAGUUUCAGUUCAUAACCAGACCGCUGUAUUUUGUUAAAACUGCUUUGAAGCUUGCUGCACUGUAACUUCAAACCAACGUGCUAUCCUUUGAAACAAGGCAAAUGUAUAUGCUUUUUAUGAAUUAGUGAGUGCAGUAGGAGAGAUUUCAUGAUCUUGUUAAUAGGAGCUUUUCGGUUUCCAUUGUUUGGUCUUGGGUUUAUAUGUGUAACUUGAAAUUGCUAAAUAAGUCUAACAGUGUUUUCUUUAUAGGAACAGCAUGGUCAUUGAAUUACAAUCUCCAGUAGUUUUGUGCUGUCACUUAAACAGGUUUCAUUGGUUUAUUUUGUUUCUGUGAGAAUUCCACCUGAGAUUCAAUGUCCAGUAAUUCAUUUCUUUCAUUUAGAGCUAUGGUGGCUGCAUUACUCAAUAUAUCACCACCAUCAAAGAAGGACCAAGUUUUGAAAUGCUCUGCAUGUUAAAUAAUGCAAGGCUCAGCAGGAGAAUUUGAUUGUCAUAUUUCUCACUCAUAUAAUUUAGUUUCUGAUUUUUCCAAGUUAUUUAUUAUUUUUAAUAUUGUAUUUUUCCUUGCAUUUUGUUGUAAAUAAACUACCAACAAUUAUUCUUUACA